CGUCUUGCGUAAAAUCAACGUUUCGGGUCGGUUGUCGAUGUAUCGGUUCUUCCGGAGGUGGUGCCGGUGGUGUCGGUGGUUUAGGCGUUCUCAACUCGAGUUCUACGUUUCUUCUCGGUUCAUCAACGGAAAUACCCUUCUUUUUCACUUUUAACAUGAACACGUUCUCGUUUCCUUCGGUCACGCGAUCCGUAUGGACUUCCUGGGCAUCGGAACCAUCGAGAACGGGGUAAAUAGUGAACGUCCUGCACUGAUUAUUCGUGUUCGGACCUCCUCUACAUUGGCCAACCUGCGUAACAUUAACAUUUGUUAUACUAUAUUUCUAUCCAUUUUUCGAUUUUACAUCUUUAUACUUGUUACAUUGUUUUACAUUUGUACAUUAUACUUGUUUACAUUCUUUAUACUUGUGCAAAAAAUCGGUCUUAAAUUCGUACGUAAUUAUACAAGUACCUUGAAUAUUAUAGUCAAUAGUAUUUUAUUACCUAUCGCGUAUUCCAAAUGAUACGAUAAUUUACUCGCACGCAAAGUAACAAUUUAUCUGUUUUUUACAAUUCAAACCUUUGUAGAAAGAUCAUACACGACGUACGUGUAAUCAAUAUUUUUCAGUCCAUCGUAUACGAAACUAAUGGCCGAGUGUUUAAUUCUAUACUUGAAUUUUAUAUUUAAUAUUUUCUACGUAACCUUUGUACCUCGUAAGAAAUGGCUUGAGGCUUGGUAUCUUCCUCGUCUAUUUUCGCGGCGGCGUUCUUCGACUCGACACGGAACAGGAUCCGAUUGUUGUCAGUCCCCUUCAAUAUUUUCGGCCCUUGGGUGCUCGUCGGCCUCUGUAUUUCUAUCACGUCACAAUCGCACGGAGGAUCCCAACCUUUCAACUUCUUCGAUUUUCCCUUUUCUCUUUCCAUACGAAUUAUCAAAUGAUUUCCGAUCACCGCAGUCCCGAUUUCUCGGUAAUAUCUCGCAGAAGGAUCGUAUUUCGGUUUCGAGGGUGGACAUUCCGGUGGGCAGGGUACAGGAGGCAUAGGCGGGCAGGCAUACAUCUCUGAUUCCGAUAAACAAAUUUAAUAACGACAAGCUAAAUAACUCGGCAAACCGGAAGACCAAUUUUAAAGCAUAACUAUCUGACACCUGUAAUUCGUAAUUUAGAUAUUAGUUACUUUUUAUAGGUAUUUUUAAGAAGGGUGGGGUUAAUAAAUGUUCUGACAGAUUAAAACGGACUUGAAAAUCGAUUUUUAUUGCAACUAGUUCAAGACAUUGGAGAAAUCGCACACGUUCAUAAUAUUCGACCGAUCCAUCCAUCCAUUUUCCGUUCUCGUUAACCAAACUCGUGAAUUAACCCUCCCCCAUGUAAACCCUGUCUUUUAACCUUCUUCUUUUUCCUCUUCCUUCUCUAUCUUCUUGCAACAAGCACGAAUUAUACGAAUUAUAAAAUAUGAUGCUGGCAACUUACAAAUGUGGAUGUCCCCCGUCGGAUAAGAAGCCACCGUGUCCACCCUGUUGCGAAUCCUCCGCUGUUGGAAGAAGAGUGGCCAAGCAUAGAAGUCCUGCAGAUUAUCCCGAGAGUAUCUGUUCGUUGAGACCCGUUGCUUCCAAACCGAAAAUCGAAAAACCUCCACCGUGUUGUCCCACGAUGCCGUCUGAUUCCAAAGAGUUUCAGAGACCUCAUAAACUUCGUUCAGAGAUCGCGGAGAAGGGAUUGCCUUACAAGGAGAUGGAAGUUACUAUCAAUGAUAACAGAUUGGUGAUUAGAACUCAGAAAGAGGAGGUGAAACAGCAAUACGAUCCUCCGUGCGAUUGCGUCGAGGAGUCUCGGCCUGUUGCGAUGGACGAAAUUGAUCAACCUCCGGCUGCAGGAGGUAGAACGGUUACUUUGUAUCCUCGACUGAAGAAAUCUGAAGAGAAAGUGACGGAAAAAGUGUGCGAUCAGGAAGAAACUACCGACAAGACCGCCAAGGCGGAAAAUCCGAAUAUAUUUAUAUUCAAAGUGAAGAAGAAGAGUAACAACGGUGACAGGGCGUUUAAUAUCGAUUUGGAGUUUAAGACGCCAAGACCUUGGUCGAUGAAGAAGAUAGCCGAGUACGAGACGAUGUUGACGAAACCUGUGGAGAAGACUCCCACGGAGGAAACAGAUACGAAGAUGAGUAUUUCGAGGAAGAGGAAAAAGAAGAAGUGAAUUUACCCGCGCCAUUCUCGACCGUUUACGACAGAUAGAUAGAAUAAAACAGAUUAAAAUACCAAAUAGAUUAAAAUAGAUAAAACAGCACAGAGGAAAUAAAUAGCGAUUAACUAAAAUAAAUAAGCUGCAACAGUUGACUCCGUGCGUCUCUUCUUUUCCUAUUUUUCACGAAAUAUUCUUCUACAACGGCCUCGCUAACGUUCCUCUUUGAAAACGACCAACCAAACGUCCCGAUAUUCGUCGUGCGUGAACUCUGUGAUCGCGAACGAUCCAUAUAUCAGCGAGUCAACGCGCCCCAGGAGUCGUGCACUCUAUAGAGCACGGGGAUAGUCGUCGAUGGCCACCUGAAAGCGCCGGGCGACGAGGCCUCGACGUCUAUUAGGGGCUAAACGAUUCUUAAACGGGAAAAGGAACGCAUCGAGUGUCAGAGACGUAACAAUGACUUGGGUAAACAUUCCGAUAUACAGGACCACCCGGGGAGCGAGAUGCACGUCAGUGACUAUGAAUCGAGCGAAUGCGAAUGACAGUAAAGAUCGAAUGCUUCUUGGACUGCGAAGGAAUCGCUGAAACUGAGAAAAUUUGACAGUUGAUAAUUUUUAACAAUGUGCGAGCAAGAAGCGAGAGAGUCGGAAGCAUCUCUUGUUAGAAAAUAUCGUUUUAACUUUGUUACAUCGGUCGGAUUAUCGUUGACCAAUCGAGCCACGUUUCCAUAUCGUGGAAUAUUUUUUAAGGAAAUAAUUCAGAGAUUAUGGCACGAAACAAUUAAAUUAGGCAACGAGAAGAAAAAGUAGCGAGAGUGUUUGAUCGUUGUACUUGCAAUUAGUUUUCAAUGGAAAACUGAAACGAAUUGCACGUGAAACGUGAGCAAGUGUUGCUCCGUUCGCGAGUCGUCGAAACGGAAUCAAUGGUGUCUUCGCACCGGGUGUUCUUCCUGUUCCCUCGGUAUUCUUUCGAUAAUCGUAUCUCAUAUCCAUGGGGUGUCGAGUAAAGAAUACAAACUUUUGAAUAGCGUUCCCGAUGUUGUUGAGUAAUAGCAUUUGCCAGAAAUCGAGAUCAAAUCGUUUCUUCGUCCCAACAUACGCGCAAACUGUGUUAUUUCUUCGCACCGUGUUAAAUGAAAAUAUCUUACCUUUACUUUUUGGGUA